UAUACUGACAAGAAUAUUACUGCUGAGAUUCUUGAGAUUAUUAGGUUAUUUAGUAUUAAGAAUAAGAUUGGUUAUUUUAUUCUUAAUAAUAUAGUAAAUAAUAAAAUAGUAAUAUUAGAGAUUGUAGAAGAGCUAAAGUUUAAUCCGAUUUAA